GAUUAUAAUUUUUUAUAAAAACAAAAUAGUUCGAAAACUAAUUAAUUAUUAAAAUUAUGAAACUUGUUCAUCUAAAAAAUAGUGAUUUGAAGGUGUCGCCCAUAUGCCUGGGAACGUGGCAAUUCAAUGGAAACACUGCUGGGACAUCUAUGGGGACUUGGAAUGCUCAAGAUAUAAACGUCUCCAAAAAAAUCGUAGAUGCUGCAAUUGAGUCUGGUAUUAACUUUUUUGACACGGCUGAAGCCUACCUAAACUCGGAAAAAGUGUUGGGCGAUAUAUUGGAUGGAAGUUAUAAGUCCAGAAGAUCGGACUUGGUCAUAGCUUCCAAAUUUGGGUUCAACGCAACUCCGGGAUCGAAUAAGCCUGUCUCUUAUACCCCGGCGGAUAUCGAAGAUUCUUUAAAUCAAUCCUUGAGGUCUUUAAAGACCGAUUAUCUGGAUUUGUAUCAAGUGCAUUGGCCCGAAGUUAUGAAUAACGUAGAAGAAACCGUUAAAGAACUUAAAAGACUACAAUCCUUAGGUAAAAUCAGAUAUUACGGCGUUUCCAAUUUCGGUCCUCAAACACUCAAAGAGUUUUACGAUUUCGGCGGUGAACCAGUUUCUAAUCAGCUGCCUUACAGUUUACUAUGGAGGUCGAUAGAAUACGAGAUUAUUCCAGAAUGCGCUAAAAGAAACCUGAGUAUUUUGGCAUAUUCUCCAUUGGCUCAAGGGCUUUUGUCGGGAAAAUAUAAUGAUUCAACCUCCUUCCCCAAUGGAAGACGCAGGAUCAGGUUGUUUAAUUGCAAAAGCACUCCUCUAGCAGUACACACCGAGAGUGGUUGCGAAGAUCAGGUCUUUAAAGCGUUGGGGGAUAUAAAACAACUUUUAACUCAACUCAAUGUAUGUAAAAAAUCAGGCCUUGACAUUCAGGACGAUGGAGAUGGCAAAGAGCAAUAUGGAAUGGUGAACCUAUCCCUGGAUUGGAUACUUAGCAAUUUAAACGUGGGUAGUGUCAUUGUAGGAGCCUCCUCGGCUGAUCAGAUAACUCAAAUCUGUAAGAACGCUAGUUCAUCUCUCAUGAAUACGGAAAUGAAAAGAAAACUGGAUGAAAUUACAGAACCGAUAAAGGAGGCUAUAGGUAAUAAUCCCGACAUGUGGUUUACGAAAUCCAGAUACAAAUAAUGCCCAAUAAACACUUUAAAAAGACCAAUUUUAUCUAUAUAAAAAAUUAAUAUAAUUUUAUAUAUCUUUUCUUCAUUACAUAUACAUUUUAUAUUACAUAUUAAAGCAUUAUA